AUGCCUCGUCAAAAGCUUACAAGACCUUGUGCUGUUAAGGAUUGCAUUAGUUCAGUUAAAUUUUUUAGAAAUGUAACACAAGAUCUUAAAGAUAAAACUGAUAAUAUAGUUAACUUUGUUGCAACUCAAAUAUCUGAAAAUAAAAAACCUAGAAUUUUUAUAGAUUUAGGUGAUAUUAUUGAAACUAUUGAAAUUAUUUCAAAUAAUACACCAGUUGAUAAUACUGAUUAUUUAGAACAAAAAUAUAUUGAAUAA